AUGGCGCCGCAAUCGCUAUCACAGUCUGCCAUCUUGGCCUUGAUAUUUGGUCCUCAGGCAAUGAGCUUCGACCUCGGUUCCUUCAACACUUUGCGCUCUAGACUGGUCAAGAACAGUCGUGGUCAAUGGGCUCUGAAUGCGAUAGCUACAUUACCUACCGAAUGGAACGCCGUCUCCAGCAGUGUUGCGAUAUUGAAGCAAUAUGAUGGUGGAAAGCUUUUACAGGACCUGAACGAAUGGCUGAAGACAGGUCAUGUCCCACCAUCGACAGUACCCUUUCCGAACGUCCUUCUGGCUCCGUUGGUAGUGACCGACCAUGUGAUUUCAUAUCUGGACUUCUUACACUCAGCUUUUCCCGACUUGGACGACGACCAAGAGCUUCCCGCGGCAGCAAAGAAAUCUCUGGAGACACUUGGCCUCUCUUUAGGCACUCUGAGCGCCUUUGCAAUUUCCUCGUCGUCGACUCUUUCUGACGUUGAAAAGUAUGGCGCUGUUGCAAUCAGACUUGCGAUGCUUGUCGGAGCUGUGGGAGAUGCAGAAGACCUGUCACGGAAUCCUGAGGAAAGAGCCUUGUCUUUCUCGGUAUUCUGGAAAUCCACCGAGUUACACAACUUGAUGCUCGAUACGUUGAAAGCCAUUCCAGAGGCAUAUGUUUCGGUUGCGGUUGACGAGAAACGCUCCACUAUCACGACGUCCAAAUCGACAGCCCUAAAUCAUAUGCAACAACUCAGGUCAUCCGGUCUUUACGUUGCCGAAGUCUCCAUGCGUGGACGAUUCCACUGGGACGGGCACGAGAGCACCCUCCUGGAGCUGGUACAAUACUGUGAUCAACAUGCCCAGUUUCAAUUUCCUCAUCCAUCCAAAAUGGUAUUACCAAGCCGCUCAAUUACUGGGGGUCAAUACAUCACCGAAAGCGAUGGAAACCUACAUACAAUAGCGCUGCGUGCGAUCCUUGUCGACCUGUCUCAAUGGCAUAAAACCAUCGCCAACGCUUAUGAUUCCGACUCGGCCGAAAGAAUAAAGUCAGUGACCUGUUUUGGGCCGGAGCGUUGCGUGCCGCCUGCAUUGGUGCGCAGAUUGGGCUCAAAAUUGACCCAUGUCUUGGACUUGGAUCUAUCUAGUUCCGAACUGCCCAAGCAGCUAUUUCGGUCGGUCAUCACACCCUCUGUCAAUGGAACAACAGUCCCGACAUUAGCGAAUGGGUCGGCGAAGCCACAGCAGCUACCUAUUGUUGAUGACCCGAACGACGAAAGAGUUGCCGUCAUUGGCAUGGCCUGCAACGUUCCGGGCGGUGAAGACACGGACGAGUUCUGGGAGAUUUUGGUUGCUGGACAAUCCCAGCAUCAGGAAUUGCCUCGGGGCACCGGCCGAUUCCAAUUCGAGACGCCUUGGAGGGAGCCGUACACCAAGACCAAGUGGUACGGUAAUCUGAUCAAGGAUUAUGACGUUUUCGAUCAUAAAUUCUUCAAGAAGGGGCCUCGGGAAAUUUUGAACACGGAGCCGCAACAUCGAUUACUAUUGCAUGCUGCAUAUCAGGCCCUGGAGCAGGCUGGCUACUUCUCGAAGCCGGACUACAAUAAACACAUUGCCUGCUUCCUGGGACCUGGACACGUCGACUAUGCAAGUAGCGUCAACUGUUACGCGCCCAAUGCCUGCACAGCUACAGGCAGCCUAAAGAGCAUGUGUGCCGGCAAGAUUAGCCAUCACUUCGGUUGGACUGGCCCUAUCCUUACCCUCGAUACUGCAUGCUCGUCUUCCUGCGUGGCAAUCCAUUAUGCUUGUCGUUCCAUCCUUAGUGGCGAAGUUACUGCUGCUCUUGCUGGUGGAAGUAAUCUCUUAUCAAGCGUGGAGUGGUACGAGAAUCUGUCGGGCGCGCAAUUCCUCAGUCCUACAGGGCAGUGCAAGCCAUUCGACGCCAACGCUGAUGGCUACUGCAGAAGUGAUGGAAUUGGUCUUGUCUUCUUGAAGAAGUUGUCUACCGCCAUCACAGACGGCGAUCAGGUGUACGGCGUCAUCGCGGGUUCCAAGGUUUACCAGAAUAUCGGGUCAACGACAAUCACGGUGCCUAAUGGUGAUUCAUUGGCUACCCUAUUCCGGGAUAUUACCAAACAGGCCCGUAUCGAUCCGACAAGGGUGUCGGUAGUCGAGGCGCAUGGCACAGGUACGCCAGUUGGUGACCCAGCAGAGUACGAGGCUAUCUGCAGGAUCUUGGGAGGGUCCCAACGCACUGAUGCGUUAUCCCUAUCGUCUGUCAAGGGAUUGUUUGGUCACACCGAAGGUGCUUCUGGCGUGUGCUCACUUCUCAAGGUACUGUUGAUGAUGCACGAAGGGGUGAUUCCUCCACAGGCAAGCUUUCGUUCCAUCAACCCGGCUAUCAAAGCAACACCACAGGACAACAUCGAAAUUCCGACCCGUUUGACCCCGUGGAAACCCGAAACGCGGAUUGCUCUCAUCAACAAUUAUGGAGCUUCAGGGUCCAACUCUUCGCUGGUGGUCACGGAGCCGCCUGCUUCUGGGCCGGAUGGCCGUGAAUUGUUGAAAGGCAAAACAUUCCCAUUCUGGAUUCCUGGACUUGAUGACAAAAGCAUCCAAAGGUAUGCUGCAAAAUUUCGGGCCUGGAUUCAACGGCAUUCUUCUUCGAAGAAAGACUUGUCAGUGCGCAAUUUGUCCUUCCAGUUGGCCUUCCAGACCAACCGUGACCUUCCACAAGUUUCGAUCUUCAAAGCCAACUCUUCGUCCGACUUAGAGUCCAAACUCACAGCGUUCGAGAAGGGCGGUACGGCCAUGGCAUCGUCUGCAAUUGCAUCCCGAAAGCCCGUUAUUCUAUGCUUUGGCGGCCAAAUCUCCACUUACAUCGGUUUGGACCAAAAGGUCUACGAAAACGCGGCAAUAUUUCGCGGCUUUCUGGACCAAUGCGAUGCCACCUGUGUUUCAUUGGGUUUCCCAAGCAUUUAUCCGCACAUUUUCCAAAGGACUUCCAUAUCUGACCUGGUCAAUCUCCAGCUUGCACUCUUCGCAAUGCAAUACUCUUGCGCCCAGGCUUGGAUAGCUUGCGGAGUUGAGGUUGCUGCUGUUGUAGGAUACAGUUUUGGGGAGCUGACUGCUUCGUGCGUCUUCGGUGCUGUCUCGCUCCAAGAUGUGAUCAAGAUGGUCGCUGGCCGAGCUCGCUUGAUUCAGAAGAAAUGGGGCAAUGACUCCGGAGCCAUGAUGGCUGUGGAUGCAGAGCUUGCGAGUGUAAAGGACCUGCUAGCGAAGAGCGGAAACGGCAGCGAUCCUUCUAUCGCAUGCUACAAUGGUCAUCGAAGCUUUACACUAGCUGGGACAACAAAGGCAAUCGAGCUGGCUGAAGCUAUCGCGAAGCGGGAUCCUAGUUUCUCGAACAUGCGAUCGAAGAGACUGAAUAUCACCAACGCCUUCCACUCUGUGCUUGUCGACAACUUACAUGACGAGCUGCAGAGUCUCGGAAAGGGUAUCAGAUUCAACGACCCUACGAUACGAUUUGAAAGGGCCACUGAGGGCAGGACGGCCGAGAAGCCAGAUUCAGGUUAUGUCGCAUAUCACAUGAGGAAUCCUGUGUACUUUGACCACGCAGUUCAAAGACUGACCAAAGAAUUCCCUGCCGCCAUUUGGCUGGAAGCUGGCUCCAAUUCUACGAUCACGACCAUGGCUAGUCGAGCCCUUAACUCGUCAGGUUCUUCAAGUUCAUCAUUCCAUGCUGUGAAUAUUACCACGGACAACUCCUUCGAACUGCUCGUCGACACAACUGCGAAACUUUGGAAAGAACAGCUGAACGUCACUUUUUGGCCGCAUCACCGCUCCCAAACACACCAGUACACGCCAGUCAUCCUUCCCCCUUACCAAUUCGAGAAGUCACGGCACUGGUUGGAAACAAAGAAGCCACCGAAGCCCGAGACUAUCACGGUCGAAAAGGCCGCCGCUCCAAUCAUUGACCCGCCAAAAGGGUUCACAACUUUCGCGGGCUAUCUCGAUGAAAAUCAGCGCUCUUUACGGUUCAAGAUCAACACGACGCACGAAACAUUUCAACGACACGUCAAUGGCCAUAUCUGUGCAGGCGUCGCAGCUGUGUGGCCCAGCUCCAUCCAGAUGGACAUGGUGAUUGAUGCCUUGAUGAAUCUUCGAGAAGAAUUCAAAGACUUGAGCUAUCAACUGCAGAUCAAUGGCAUCGUACAUCACAGGCCGCUCUUAUUGGACCACUCUAAGCAGUAUUGGCUUGACUUUGAGGCACAAGACGAUAAUGGGCUUGUCUGGGAGUGGAAAGUCAAUGCGACGAACCAGUCCGGGUCUAAGGCAACACGCUGCACCUCGGGAUUUUGCUCCUUCAGUUCAGCAACUGAUCCUCGGUACCUCGCCGAGUUCGAAACUCUGGAACGUCUUAGUAGCAGGAUGCGCUGUGUCGAACUCCUUGAAGCUAGGGAUGUUGAGAAUGUGAUGCAGGGCACCGCCAACAUUUACAGAGCUUUCUCAGAGGUCAUUGACUAUACGGAUGACUAUCAAUUUGUGAAGAAACUAGUUGGACACAAGAAUGAAUCGGCGGCAAAGGUGGUCAAAACUCACUACGGCAAGACUUGGCUCGAUUAUCUCUUGUUUGAUGGCCUCGGACAGACAGCAGGCAUGUACGUCAACCUGAUGACAGACAAUGCCACCGUUACCGAGCGAGGAAUCUUCAUGUGCGAAACCAUUGAUCGUUGGCUCCGAUCACCCAAAAUUCGGACGCACGAGUCUCUCCCAACUAAUUGGGAAGUCUAUGCGGUCCAUCAUCCUGUCUCGGACAAGAAGUAUGUCAGCGAUAUCUUCGCGUUUGACGCCCUCAACGGAUCUCUAGUGGAGGUAGUCCUAGGUGCCAGCUACAACAGGGUCCCGUUGUCCGUGAUGCGUGGCAUUCUAGGUGGUCAGGCUCCGACAAAGAAAUCCGAGCCUGUUGUGAUGAACGGCGAGAUACCUUCCCACACUCAAUAUGAUUCUCAACAACCACAAGUCAACUUCAAGCCGCUCAACCCAUUGCCGACCUUGACAAAUGGGCAUACACUGCCCGAAAAGCCAAAGAAGGCAACGAAAGUCAAAGCAACCAAGAAGGCCGCAAAGAAGCUCUCCAGGGGGGCUGAUUCGGAAACCCCAACCAAGACUCGCAGCAUCCUGGAGAAUCUUACUGGCAUCGAAGCUAGCAGUAUCAACGACGACUCUAAUCUCAUUGACCUCGGUCUUGAUUCACUCUUGAGCAUGGAGCUGAUACGAGAUGCUGAGGACGUUUUCAAGGUGAGCUUGGAUGCGGAGCAGAUGCUAGAUCUUACCGAUUUUGCCAGUCUUGUCAAAUACAUCCGGGACGUUCGUGGCGACGCCGGCAUACAAGACGAGAAAGAUGAGUCCGAGAGCGAAAUCGACGACAGUGAGGACGAAGAACUGCAAGAAGAUUCACCUCAGGUAAAUGGGGUAAAUGGACAUCCCGACAGUAAUGGAGACGUGUCUUCCAAAAAGGAAGUGCCACUCAACUCGGCCACUGUCUUGGACGCCUUCCGCAGCAUCAAAGAGGCCAGUGACGAUUUUAUUGUCAAAAACAAGUUCGAAACCUACUGCGCCGAGUUCAUGCCGAGGUCGAAUGAGUUAUCGAUCGCAAUCUUCUGCAAUGCCUUUGAAGAUCUCGGAUGUCCAAUCCGAACUGCAGCAGCCGGCACAAAGCUCGAGCGCAUCCAACAUCUUCCAAGACACAAAAAGGUUGUCGACUACAUGUACGGAGCUUUGGAGAAGAACGCUGGCUUGAUUGAGAUCAACGGCGAGGAAAUCACUCGCACAUCCGUUGCUUGUCCUAGCAACGACACCGAGACUAUGCUGGAGAAUCUUCUUCGCGACAGACCUGCACAAGAUGCAGAACUCCAGCUUAUGAGAAUAACCGGUAGAGCAUUUGGAAAAUGCCUCGCUGGGAAGGCGGAUGCACUGCCAUUGCUGUUCGGCUCCGCCGAAGGUCGCGCUCUUCUAACAAAACUAUACGCCACAUCAACCUUGAGCAGCACAAUCCUGCAACAGCUCGAGGUAUUCAUCGAGGAGAUUGGCAACACAUGGCCCAAAGAUGCUGGACCCCUUCGAGUUCUAGAAGUUGGGGCAGGUACCGGAGGUACGACUAUGAAGGUAGUCCCUGCAUUGGCUCGUCUGGGCAUACCGGUUGAAUACACCAUGACCGAUGUCAGCUCCUUCUUCACGGCCACAGCGCGAUCGAGGUUCAAGGAACACCCCUUCAUGAAAUUCAAGACGGUCGAUAUCGAAAAGCAGCCGGAUGUGAAGCUGCUCAACACCCAGCACAUCGUCCUCGGCUCCAAUGUCAUUCAUGCGACUCGUGACCUGUCCGUCUCGCUGUCAAACAUCCACAAGAUGUUACGACCGGAUGGUUGCAUCAUAUACCACGAGCUGACCUCGCAACUGCUUUGGGCCGAUGUCAUCUUUGGGUUGGUCGAAGGGUGGUGGUUGUUUGAAGACGGGCGACAACACGCUCUGCAGAGCCCACAACACUGGGAAAAGAUACUGAGGUCUGUCGGCUUUGGCCACGUCGACUGGACAGAUGGGCGCCGCCCCGAAGCAAAGAUUCAGAAUCUGAUUUUCGCUAUGGCUUCUGAUCCAGCGUAUGACCGCACCCCUCCCCCACCACGACCCGAUUCCAUAAUGACAGUUGAUGUAGCAGAGCAAGCAGUGGUCAUUGAUUCCUAUGUGCGCGAUUUUACGGCAAAUUUUUCUUUUCGGCGGAGUUCGAGGUUACCAGCCGGCCACGACUCUCCAGCAGGUAGAUGCGUACUCAUCACGGGUGCAACGGGAAGUUUGGGCGCUCACUUAGUCGCACAUUGUGCAGGACGGCCAGACGUCACUAGGGUAGUCUGUUUCAACCGUACAAGUCAGUCAGAAGGCUUUGCACGUCAAGAAAAGGCCUUCGGCGCAAAGGGCAUAUCGCUCGAUGCAACCGCAAACUCCAAAUUACAAGUGAUUGAAACCGAUGCAAGCAAGGACCGACUCGGCCUAUCCACCGCUGCGUACGCAGCCCUCGUCGACUCGGCCACAGACAUCGUCCACAACGCCUGGCCCAUGAGCAUCAACCGCGGUGUCCGCAGCUACGAAGGCCAAUUCAGAGUCAUGCGGAACCUCAUCGACCUGGCGCGCGAUGCAGCGAUGCGACGCCCUGCGCCCUUCAAAUUCGCCUUCCAAUUCAUAUCCUCGAUCGGCGUCGUCGGCAUGUACCCAAUCCUGACGGGCAAGACUCUGGUCCCGGAAGAGCGCAUGCCCGUCGAAUCCGUCGUGCCGUCUAGCUACGGCUACGCGAAGCUCGUGUGCGAACGCAUGCUCGACUCAACACUAUACAUGUUCCCACAGGCAUUUACGCCCUCGGCCGUCCGCAUCAACCAGAUUGCAGGAUCGACACGCAGCGGAUACUGGAACGGCAACGAGCACCUCUCGAGCCAGACACUGAACGCGCUGCCUGACCUGCGCGGGCACCUGACCUGGUGUCCUGUCGACACCGUCGCCGCGACGCUUGGUGAACUACUACUGGAAAACAACAACGACGACAAGCAAACGCGCCUUGGCGCCGCGGCGUACCCAAUCUACCACAUUGAAAACCCUUCUCGACAAUCCUACAACGACAUGAUACGCGUGCUCGCUGAUGCGCUUGGCGUACCCUAUGCACACAUUAUCCCGUUCCACGACUGGGUCAAACGUGUGCGCGACUCCAAGGCCCCGACGACAGAAAAUCCGGCAAAACAGGUGGUGGAAUUCUUUGAUGAGCAUUUCUUGAGGAUGUCAUGUGGUGACUUGGUGCUGGAUACUGCCAAGAGCAGGGAACGUUCGCACACGUUGAGAUCAAGGGGAGUCAUAACUCCGGAUCUGGUGACAAAAUAUAUUGAGGAAUGGCGCAAGGCUGGAGUUCUGAAAUGAGCUAAGGGUGCGUUGCUUGCACCGUUGUUGAAGAGCAGGGCAAUGCUCCUCGGCACCCAAUACCUACCUAGCUAGGUAUUUCAUGUAUAUCUGGAGGACUUUCCCUCAG